AUGUCUGCCUGGCCCUCGCCCACCGCCUCGCCCUCGCAGGCAAAGUCGCUCCGCCUGCUGCGCGCCCUCCUGCGCGAGGCCUCGUACCUGCCCGACGCCGCCGCCCGCGACUACUUCCGCCGCUACGCCGUCGCCCGCUUCAGGGCCUACCAGCCGGCCGACCAUGCCACGGCCUCGUUCGACGUGCUCGCGCUCGCAAAGCACCGCCACCGCGCCUUCAAGCGCCGCCACCUCGCCGUCAUCCGCGCCCGCACCGCCCAGCAGCAGCGCCAGGCGCACAAGGGCCUGAACCUCCUGCGCCGCGCCAACCAGGGCGAGGGCCCCUGUCUCGAAAAGGUGCUGUGGUUCACCUACGGCCGUCUGGGCCGCCGCAAGCACGCGCUGCUGCACGACCUGCUGAAGCCAGACCCCGCCUGGCCCGAGGCCCCGCCGCCGCUGCAGCUGCUCUACCACAGCACCGCGCCCUGUCUGCAGUACUUCGAAGCCCCCGCCGCCCACGGCACCCACGGCACCCACACCAUCGCCAUCUCCAAGCAGUACCCGCGUCUGCGCGCCGUCCUCGCCUCCCAGUCCCACAACGCCCUGGCCCUCGGCCGCGCCAUCAAGCGCCCCUACUUCAAGGCCCCCAUCCGGAACACGUGGGAGCGACCGAUGCCCCUCGAGCGCGCGGUCAACAACGUCCGCCGCUGGUACGCCGAGACCAUGACGCGCCUCCUGCCCGCACUGCCUGCCGCCGAGUGGGACAGCAUCCACGCCAUGAGCACCGGCAAGCAGCGCAUCGCCUUUGCCCGCCGACGCACGCCAGCCACCCUCGUCGACCUGCCCAGGGCCCUCGCAGACGAAGACGACCUGCCCAAGAGGCUGCAGCGCAACCUCGCCCUCGACAAGCUCAGCAAAGCAGACCGCCCCGCUGGCAUCGACCGCCCACACGCCCUGACCGCCAGGUACAUGCAGCGCCUGUACGCCAAACUCCUCACCCUGUCCUGCAAGCUCGAGUACGACGCGGUGCACAAGCAGUGGAACGCCAUCUGGGGAGAGCCCAUGAAAAGCAUCAGGCCCGUCAGCUACACCGCCCCCGUCGACCACGUCCUGUUUGCAGACGUCGAUGCCAAAGGCCUCCGACCCAAGGCGCACCAGACGAAAGCGAACACGCGGCCGUUGGUGCAGCCACGCACCGAAGACGGCGACUACAUGCGCUUCCCCUUCUUCGCCGAAAUGCUUCCCGCCACGCAUCCCAUGCGCAUCGACUUGGACAAGUGGAAGAAAGAGCGCGCAGAGGCUCACGCCAGCUGGGUAGCCUCGGGCGGUGACGCAUGA